GCUGUUUCGAUUGUUCAAAACUUGCCCAAAGAUGGUGAAGAUAAACCUACGCAAAACGACCAAUUAGCCUUUUAUGCGCUCUUCAAGCAAGCCACCGUCGGAGAAGUCAAUGUUCCUCGACCUGGUACCUUCGACUUUGCGGGGAAAGUCAAAUGGGAUGCUUGGAAAUCACAAGAAGGCAUGAGUCAAGAUGAUGCGAAGGAAAAAUAUGUCAAGUUAUUGCGUGAAUACUUGGAGAAAGCAUCGGACAAAGAGCAAGCAGCAAAAUUGUUGGAACAGGUAAGA